CUGACAUUCAUGUCCCUUUCAGGUGGAGGGUGGACCCAGGAUAAUGGCUGCUGCUCAUAAUUUGGAAAUGGAAGAGGAUGUGAAUCUGAAUAGGGAUAGAGAGAUGAAAGAAAUGCUGGAAGAGGAGAAAAUGAGAGAGGACAGGGCAGGUAAAGAUCCCUUCAGGCUUAAAAAGGUCCACAGGAUUGUCUCAAAAUGGAUGCUUCCUGAACCAGUGUGAAGAACAUACCUGGAAAGAGCUAACUGCCUCCCACCCCCUGUGUUCAUCAUCUCCAUCAGCAUUGCUGAGCUGGCAGUGUUUAUUUACUAUGCUGUGUGGAAGCCGCAGAAACAGUGAAUCACCUUGGACUCGGGCAUCUUGGAGAGUCCCUUUAUCUACAGUCCUGAGAAGAGGGAGGAAGCCUGGAGGUUUAUCUCAUACAUGCUGGUGCAUGCUGGAAUUCAGCAUGUCCUGGGGAAUCUUGUUAUGCAACUCGUUUUGGGUAUCCCCCUGGAAAUGGUCCACAAAGGCCUCCGCGUGGGGCUGGUGUACCUGGCAGGAGUGAUUGCAGGAUCUCUAGCCAGCUCCAUCUUUGACCCACUCAAAUCUCUUGUGGGUGCUUCAGGAGGAGUCUAUGCUCUGAUGGGAGGCUAUUUCAUGAAUGUUCUAGUGAAUUUUCGAGGCAUGAUUCCUGCCUUUGGAAUUAUCAGACUACUACUCAUCACCGUCCUUAUAAUUGUGUCGGACAUGGGAUUUGCUCUCUACAGAAGGUUCUUUGUCCCUGCAAAUGGGUCCCCGGUGUCUUUUGCAGCUCACAUUGCAGGUGGAUUUGCUGGGAUGUCCAUUGGUUAUACCGUGUUCAGCUGCUUUGAUAAGGCACUGCUGAAAGAUCCAAGGUUUUGGAUAGCAAUUGCAGCUUAUUUAGCUUGCGUCUUAUUUGCCGUGUUUUUCAACAUUUUCCUAUCCCCAGCGAACUGA